AUGGAACUCCUCGAACUUGUCGAAAACGAACCCACCGCCCGCCCCUUCCAGUGCGAUUGGCAAUCUUGCAACAAGAGCUUUAACCGCAAGUCAGAUUUGCAGCGCCACUACCGGAUACACACUAAUGAGCGGCCCUACUCUUGCAUGACGCCCGGUUGUGGCAAGAGCUUCAUCCAGAGGAGUGCGCUCACCGUCCACAUCCGCACUCACACUGGAGAAAAGCCCCAUCAGUGCGCGCACAUUGGGUGCGGCAAGCGCUUUUCUGACUCCUCAAGUCUUGCCCGUCAUCGACGCAUCCACACUGGCAAGCGCCCCUACAAAUGCGCCCACGAUGGCUGCUUGAAGAGCUUCUGCCGCAAGACCACCAUGGUCAAGCACCAGCGCCGAUCCCACCAAAGGGGUCUGCAUCCCAACGAGUUGCUCGACGACUGCACCUCGGACUCGGACAGUGGUGAAUCUCCCGCGACCCCCAAGCACUCCGGCAUGCAAUGGCCCGUCCAGAACGUCAUGAACGCCGGCCCCCAGCCCAUGUCCCACAGCCAUAACCUCCACAGGGCAGCUUCCUUCGCCGAGUUUGGUCACCAGAUGGGCCCGUAUAACAGCCUGCCUCCUCAGCACUACGGUCACAGGCACACCGUUUCUGGUGGUCCUCACGAAUACCACGGCCAGCCUGUUCCCCCUCAGCACCCCGGCGUCCAGAUGAUCCAUCGCACCGCCAGCAUGCCCCAGACCUAUUAUGUAACAGAACAGAGCAAUCCAGGCGUUGCCACGAUGAACACGAACCCCAUGCCUCAACAAUACCAGAUCCCUCGCCAGCCCAUCGAGCGCCUCCCACUUGAGAUCCCAUACAGCGCCCCCGGCCUCACCUCCUCUAUCCAGAGCAGCCCCAGCAGCUUCUCCGCGGCGUCUGGACGGAGCCCGUCUAACCAGGAGGGAUUCUACACGCAUCAACCUACUCAGGCUGCCACCUAUGCCCUUCAUGCCGCCUCGCCCGUCGAGCAGCAGCAGACACACCAGUCGAUGGUCUCUUAUCCCUCGCCCAUUCCUCAGCAGAUCAGCCAACAGCCUGUAGGCUCACCGCAGCAGGCGAUGCCCACCCCCACGCCCUCUCAGGACUCAACUUCCACCGUCGCAGCAGAGCAGUACCAGCAACCCACCCCCCAGUCCGAGGGAGAGCAAUGGUACGGCAACAUGCCCUACCAGCCUCCCGUGGAGGUCGCGACCAUCGGGCAAAUCCCCACAUACGGAUCUGGUGUCUAUGAUCCCUGGGGUGGCCCCAAGCUUGUCGAGUUCGAGGACCCAUCGAUGCAGCUUCCCAGCGCAAGGAUCGCCAACAUGUAA